AUGAACAUACUGAUAAAUUCUGCUGUGGGAGAAAAUCCAUCUACAUUUAGUACAAUCAGUGCAAUAUUCAAGAUUCACUAUGGCCCAUUUCAUCCUAUUCUGAGUGACCCUUAUCAGUAUCCUUAUCUUUAUCCUUAUCCUUAUCUGUGUCAGAUUGCCCCCAAGGACACAAGGCUGGCUUUUGCCAUGGUCUCCUUAAUGCUGCAUUUCAACUGGACCUCGGUGGGACUGGUCAUCUCUGAUGAUGACCAAGGUAUUCAGUUUCUCUCAGACUUGAGAAAAAAUAUGCAAGGAAGUGAAAUCUGUUUAGCCUUUGUGAAUGUGAUCCCAUUAAACAUGGAGUUAUACAAUACAAGGGCUGAGACAUAUUAUAAUCAAAUUGUGACAUCAUUGGCAAAUGCUGUGAUCAUAUAUGGUGAAAUGAAUUCCACACUAGAAGUGAGCUUUAGAAGAUGGGCCUAUGUAGGCAUCUGGAGGAUCUGGGUCACUAUUUCACAGUGGGAUGUUGUCACCACAUACAAGAAGAGACAUCAGGAGAUUCCCAAUUUCAAAAAAAUUAUUCAUACAAUGAACACUUCAAAAUAUCCAAUAGACAUUUCUCUGAUGCGGUCAGAAUGGAUGUACUUUAAUUGUUCAGAUAUUGAAUCUAAAUGUAGAACACAGAGUAAGUGUUCACCCAAUACAUCUUUAGAAUGGUAUGCAGGUCAAGGAUUUGACAUGGCCAUGAAUGAUGAGACUCAUAAUCUAUACAAUGCUGUGUAUGCUUUGGCAUAUGCCCACCAAAAUUUUUUUUUUCAACAUGUAGAUAUUCAUCCAAUGCCACCUCAACACCUAGUUGACUGCCCAAAGCUUUACAGCUCUCUGAAGAACAUGCAAUUUAUUAACCCAGUUGGAGACCUAGUGACUAUUAAUGAGAAAACAAAAUUUGAUGCAGACUAUGAUAUUCUCCACAUUUGGAAUUUUCCACGAGGUCUUAGAAUAAAGGUGAAAAUAGGACAGUUUUCUUCAUAUUUGCCUCUUGGUCACCAAUUGUAUUUAUCUGAUGAGACACUAGAGUGGGCCUUCAGGAGUAGGCAGAUUUCCUCCUCUGUAUGCAGUGAGAUUUGCAGGCCUGGUUUCAGGAAGUUCAGCCAGGAGGGAAAGGCAGUUUGCUGUUUUGAUUGUUCCCCUUGCCCAGAAAAUGAGAUAUCUAAUAAAACAGGUAUGGAUCAAUGUGUGAAGUGUCCAAUCGAUAAGUAUGCCAACAUAGAGCAAACACACUGUCUUCAAAAAAUUGUGACAUUUCUGUCUUAUGAAGACCCCUUGGGGAUGGCUCUGGCUUUCUUGGCCCUGUGCUUCUCUGCACUCACUGCUCUUGUUCUUGGGGUUUUUGUGAAGUACCAAGACACACCAAUUGUGAAGGCCAAUAAUCGAACAAACAGCUACAUCCUGCUCAUCUCCCUCGAGUUUUGUUUCCUCUGUUCAUUUCUCUUCAUUGGACAUCCCAACACAGCCAAAUGCAUCCUGCAGCAGAUCACAUUUGCAGUUCUGUUCACUGUGGCUGUGUCCACUAUCUUGGCCAAAACAAUUACUGUGGUUCUGGCCUUCAAGGUCACUGCUCCAGGAAGAAAGAUGAGGGGGCUGGUAUCAGGAGCACCUAAUUUCAUCAUUCCCAUCUGUACCUUGAUCCAACUUGUUCUCUGUGGGAUCUGGCUGGGAACAUUCCCUCCCUUUGUUGACACUGAUGCCCACUCAGAACAUGGGCACAUCAUCAUUGUGUGCAAGAAAGGCUCAGUCACUGCUUUCUACUAUGUCCUGGGAUACCUGGUAUCUCUGGCUGUAGGGAGCUUCACUGUGGCUUUCCUGGCCAGAAACCUGCCUGAUACAUUCAAUGAAGCCAAGUUCCUGACCUUCAGCAUGCUGGUGUUCUGCAGUGUGUGGGUCACCUUCCUCCCUGUCUACCAUAGCACCAAGGGGGAGGGCAUGGUAGUAGUGGCGGUCUUCUCUACCUUGGCCUCCAGUGCUGGGUUAUUAGGUUGAAUCUUUUUCUACAAGUGCUACAUCAUUUUAUUAAGACCCAGUAGGAAUUCUCCUCAGAGUAUUAAGAAGAAAACAUGGUUCAACCAAUUGAUUUUUAAAUUUUAA